GGGUGCGCACCUUUGGAGGAGCAGAAAAUGAGUAUAUCUCAGGAAUCAAUGUCAUUCAAGGAUGUGACUGUGGAGUUCACCCAGGAGGAAUGGCAACAAAUGGCCCCUGCCCAGAGGACCUUGUACAGAGAUGUGAUGAUGGAGAACUAUAGCCACCUCGUCUCAGUGGGAUAUUGCAUUACCAAACCUGAGGUGAUAUUUAAGUUGGAGCAAGGAAAAGACCCUUGGUCCUUAGAAGAAUUCCCAAACCAGAGCUGCCCAGAAUGUUACAGAGUUGAUGUCCACUUUGAGAGGAACCAAGAAAAACAAAGGAAACAAUUGUGGCAAGUAAUAUUCAUCAGUGACAAAACACUGAGUAAAGAAGGACAGAAAGUUUUAGAAAAACCAUUUAAUCUGGACAAAGCUCCAGUUUUUUCAGGAAAAAUAUCCUGUAAAUGUGACUCCAGUAAUAUGAAUUUGCCAGUCAUUUCUGAAUUAAUUAUUACUGACAGAAACUCUUCAAAUAAGAAGACUGAUUACAUGAAUCGAUGUGAAAAAUUACAACUGAAUAUUAAGCAUGAGAAAACUAAUACUGGCAAAGAAUCUUAUGAAUAUAAUAAAAAUGUGAAAGCCCUCAGUUAUAAAAAAGAGCACCAUCAGAAUUUUCAAACUUUGGAGCCAUCUUUUGAGUGUAAUGAAUUUGGAAAAACUUCUUAUGGUAAGUCUGUCUGUAUUAUACCUAAGAGUAGUUCUCACAUGGGAGAGAAAUCUCUUAAGGAUGAUGAAUUUAGGCAAAACUGUGGUAAAACAACUCUAUUUAACUCCAUGAGAAUUGGCACAAGGGAGAACUUUGAACUUAAUGAAUGUGGGAAAUCCUGUGAGAAAACAACCAGCAUGGACUACAGUAAAGUUCACAUGGCUGUGACAUUCUGUGAAUUUUAUGAAAGUGGGAAUAAUUUUAGCAGGAAGUCACACUUCACUCCAGCUCAGAGAACUGUCACAGGAAAGAGUAUCUUUGAAAGUGAUAAACAUGAAGAAAACUUGAGCCAGAACUCAGCUCUUACGGUAUAUCAGAAAACACAAACUGGAGAUAAAUAUAAUGAAUACACAAAUGCCUUCUACCAGAAAUUAGACCUAACAGUACAUCAGAGAACUCACACAGAAGAGAAACCCUACCAGUGUGGUGAAUCUGGGAAAUCCUUCCAUCAAAACUCAGCCUUCAGUGUACAUCAGCAUAGUGACACAGGAGACAAAUCAUUUGAACAUAAUCAAUCAGGGAAAUCCUUUUACCAGAAAGCACACCUCCUUCAGCAUCAGAGGACCCACCCAGGGGUGAAACCCCAUGAAUGCAAGAAAUGUGAAAAAUCCCUUUGUUCAAAGCCAUAUCCUCUUCAGCAUCCUGGAAAUCAUAUGGUGAUGACACUCAAUAAACAUGAUGAACGUGGGAAAACUUUCUGUCAGAAGUCAGACCGCAGUGACCAAAGGAUCGUUCACACCAAGGAGAAACCUUAUGAGUACAGUAAAUAUGGGGAGUCUUACACGACAUCAGCCCUCAGAGUACACCAGGGAACACACACAGAGAUGAAACCCAAUCAAAGUAAUGAAUGUGAGAAAACAUUCUCUAGCAUGUCACAUCUCAGAGCACAUCAGAGAAUUCACCUAGGGGAGAAACCCUAUGAAUGUACUGAAUGUGGGAAAACUUUCUCGAAGACAUCACACCUCAGAGCACAUCGGAGAAUCCACACUGGGGAAAAACCCUAUGAAUGUAGUCAGUGUAGGAAAACUUUCUCCCACAAGACACAUCUCAGUGCACAUCAGAGAAUUCACACAGGGGAGAAACCCUAUGAAUGUAGUGAAUGUGGGAAAAUGUUUGCUGAUAAUUCAACCCUCAGGGCACAUGAGAGAAUUCACACAGGGGAGAAGCCCUAUCAAUGUAAUGAAUGUGGGAGGUCUUUUGCUCAUAUUUCAGUUCUCAGGGCACAUCAGAGAAUUCAUACAGGAGAGCGACCCUAUGAAUGUAAUGACUGUGGGAGAUCUUUUGCUCAUAAUUCAGCCCUCAGAGCACACCAGAGAAUUCACACGGGGGAGAAACCCUAUGAAUGUAAUAACUGUGAGAAAACCUUUGCCCAUAAUUCAGCCCUCAGAGUACAUCAGAGAAUUCACACUGGGGAGAAACCCUAUGAAUGCAAUGAAUGUGAGAAGAGUUUUGCCCAUAAUUCAGCCCUCAGAGCACAUCAGAAAAUUCACACAGGGGAGAAACUCUAUGAAUGUAAUGAAUGUGGGAAAACUUUUUCCCAGAAGACGCACCUCAGUACACAUCAGAGAAUUCACACAGGGGAGAAACCCUAUGAAUGUAAUGAAUGUGGGAAGACUUUCUCCCAGAAGUCAUACCUCAAUGGACAUGAGAGAAUUCACAAAGGGGAAAAACCUUACGAAUGUAAUGAAUGUGGGAAAUCUUUUGUCUAUAAGGCAGCCCUCAUAGUGCAUCAAAGAAUUCACACAGGUGAGAAGCCGUAUGAAUGUAAUGAAUGUGGGAAGACUUUUUCUCAAAGGACGCACCUCUGUGCACAUCUGCGAAUUCACACAGGGGAGAAACCCUAUGAAUGUAAUAAAUGUGGGAAAACUUUUGCCGAUAACUCAGCCCUUAGGGUACAUGAGAGAAUUCACACAGGGGAGAAACCCUAUGAGUGUACUGAAUGUGGGAAAACUUUCUCUAAAACAUCACACCUCAGAGCACAUCUGAGAACUCUCACAGGGGAAAAACCCUAUGAAUGUAAUGAAUGUGGGAAAACUUUCUCCCAGAAGUCAUAUGUUAGUGCACAUCAGAGAAUCCACACAGGGGAGAAGCCCUAUGAAUGUAAUAUAUGUGGGAAACCCUUUGCCCAUAAUUCAACCCUCAGAGUACAUCAGAGAAUUCACACGGGGGUGAAAUCCUAUGAAUGUAAUGAAUGUGGAAAAACUUUCUCUCAGAAAUCACACCUCAGUGCACACCAGAGAAUUCACACAGGAGAGAAACCCUAUGCAUGUAGUGAAUGUGGUAAGGCUUUUGCCCAAAAUUCAACUCUCAGAGUACACCAGAGAAUUCACACAGGGAGAAACCCUAUGAAUGCAGUGAAUGUGGGAAAACUUUUGUCCGGAAAGCAGCACUUAGAGUACAUCACAGUAGAAUUCACACCAGAGAGAAAACCCUCUGCAUAUAAUGAAUUUGGGAAGCCUCUGUGAAGGAAGUUAUACCUUAUUAGAUAAUUUACACAGUAUAAAAACUCAUGUCACCUACAUUGGCAAAUGGUUCUCCUUAACCAUUUCUGUUUCCCUUAAACACAUAGGCUGUGGAAAUUAACCUACCAUUCGUCCAGAUAGGGCUGAUCAUGGAAUAUGAAUGCUAAUAAUAUUUAUUAUAUUCAAACCUUAAUUAUCUCAUGUUUUUCCUGGCCCCUGUUAGAAUGGAAUGGAAAUGAUUUCCACAGCAAACUUGGGGGCAGUGUAUUGAACAUGGCAGAGCACAAGGUGAAAUGGGUCAGUGUUUCUGAAUAGCUGGGUGGAACAGAAUUCUCCAUCUCUAGAUCUUCACCAGUUGAUUUUCUUUUUUGGUUGGUUGGUUUGUUUUCAAAGCAAGAAUAAGGCUUUUCUUUUGUUGGCCAACUCAUAGAAUGGAGCGAAACCCUAAGAAUAUAAUGAACGUUCGAAGACCUGUAAGAAUUCAGUACAUCAGAAACUUCACACAGGGAAGAAAACACUGUCAACAUCCUCAGUGAUCAGAAGUUUUCAUUAAAAAUCAGAAAUGUCAGAGGAAAAAAAUCCUUUACCACUAAGUGAAUCUCAUUAAACAUGAAAAAAUUAGACCAAAGUCUUAUCUUGAAUGAGUGACAUUUUUCAACAAAUAUUGAAAAUUUAUUUUACAGCAGAUAUUUUUCUUUUCCCCGGAGGAAAUGUGUUAGUUUCAAAAUUGUGAAUAAAAUCUUCAACUGGAACUGAGGGAUCAAAACUCAUGUUUUGCGUGUAAUAUCAGAAAUUUUAUAGAAAAUAUAUAAGAAAAUAUUUACAUAUGGACACACUUACUGUGGAAGUUUUAAAAAUGGAGGAAUAACUUGAAUUUUGUGGACAACACUAAUAAACAUGUUUGCGAAUAGUCUCUGAGCUAUGUGGUAUGUCUGUAAGUCUGUGUAACCAGGAGGCAGCAGUCAGACCUGCUGUAGACCUCUCAUCCCUUCUUCCAACUGACUAUUUAUGUAC